CACAUUACCAUUGUAUUACAAACAGAUCACCAAAAAGUAUAACCCUCUUCAAUUGGUAUCAUCAGCAACAUGGCUAGAUCUUUGGUGCUCUCGCUAACCCUCGCAUUCCUCUUCAUAGGAAUGGUCUCAGCUCGUGACUGGAACAUCCUAAACCAGUUUAAGGGACUCAAGCCAACCGCAACCACCAACCAGAACGGCGUCGCCUCAUUGAAAGGACCAAACCUAAACGGAUACUGCGAGAGCUGGAGAGUCAACGUGGAGCUUCACAACAUCAGAGACUUCACGGUGGUGCCACAGGAGUGCGUGUGGUUCGUCCAACAGUACAUGACGUCAUCUCAGUACGAUGAUGACGUGGAGAGAGCUGUUGAGGAAGCCAUCCUCUACCUCGGGAAAACAUGUUGCGGAAAGAAGAAAUGUGAUGACAUGGAUGCUUGGAUCUUUGACAUUGACGACACUCUGCUUUCCACCAUCCCGUACCACAAGAGCAACGGCUGUUUCGGUGGUGAGCAACUAAACACGACCAAAUUCGAGGAAUGGCAGAGUUGGGGAAAGGCACCAGCUGUUCCAAACAUGGUGAAGCUAUUCCAUGAGAUCCGGGAGAGGGGUUUCAAGAUCUUUUUGGUUUCUUCUCGCAAGGAGUACCUCAGAUCCGCCACCGUCGAGAACCUUAUUGAAGCCGGUUACCACAGCUGGUCUAACCUCCUUCUCAGAGGAGAAGAGGAAGAGAAGAAGAGCGUGACCCAAUACAAAGCAGAUGUGAGGACAUGGCUUACAAGUCUUGGAUACAGAGUUUGGGGAGUGAUGGGUGCACAAUGGAACAGCUUCGCAGGUUGUCCAGUUCCCAAGAGAACCUUCAAGCUCCCUAACUCCAUCUACUAUGUCGCUUGAUCAAAUCAUUUUACGAAUAAUAUUCUAACCAAUGAAUAAGAUCAGAGUUCCAAUCUGAUUAUUGAGUCUUUACUAUCCCUUUUCCAUUUCUGGUUUAUAUAACCAAUUCAAAUGCUUAUGAGUGAUAUAUGAACCAUGAUCAUCUUUGCUUGUUUUGAAUUCAGCUGUUUCUUUGUAUGACUAUUUUGGGCCUUUAUGAAAUUAAUUUUGGGCUUUUAUUAAAA